GGUAGAGAUAUAACGUCAAAAAACACAUCCUGGCAGUUGGCAGAAGAGUUGUUUAAUAAGAAGUCUGUUGAAUUAAAUUUUUACUGAUCUAAGGACAGUAAAUCAGAAUUAUCAUGUCGCUCUACACGGAUUCAGAUUCAGCACAGAUUGGGAUCACUACCAUGUUCUCCAUUCUGGUCAGCACGAAUCUCAUCGGCAACACAAUCGUGGGUCUGGUUAUCAUACUGAACCGAGAUAUGAGAACUCCCAUGAACGUUCUACUUCUAAACUUGGCUGUAGCAGAUGCCAUGGUGGCGUUGUUCAUCGCUCCGCGCUUUAUUUUGAUCCACACCUUCGAACAUCCAGAUGGACAGGCAGGGACAUGGGUCUGCAAGCUUCUGACUGGGGGAAACCUUACUUGGACUGGCGGUGCUGCAUCAGUCUUUACCCUUGUGGCAAUUGCGUUUGAGCGAUAUUAUGCCGUGAUGUAUCCUUACGGCAACAAAGGGAAACUUACAUACGACAAGCUAAAGAUCAUCAUUCCUGCAUCUUGGAUUGGUGCAGGUAUCCUCAACAUUCCCCUAUUCCUGACAAUAUAUUUUGACAAGAAGAAAAACUUUUGCAUGGAGUACUGGCCCCCACCUGACUGGCUUCCGAAGGCAUAUAGCUCCACAUGGUUCUUUGUUGCUGGACUCAUUCCGAUACUGUUGAUGAUCAUGUUGUAUUCCAGGGUAGUAUAUGUGCUCUGGUUCCAAAAAGAGGAUGGCACUGUUGAAAACAUCACGCAAAAUACCCGGCAGGGUGUGUUAAGGGUGCGAAAGCGUGUCACCAGAAUGGUACUUGUAGUGAGUGUAAUUUAUGGCGUAUGCUGGUUGCCAAACCUGACUACUUACGCGCUCAACUACUUCAGUCCUUCGCAGAACUAUGGAGAUGUUACCUACAUCACCAGUAUCGUUCUAGUUACGUGCAAUUCUACUGUCAAUCCUUUUAUUUACGUCUUUGUAAACCAGAAAUUUCAAAGAAAAGUCAGAAGUUUGUUAUGUUGUGAAAAGACCUGCGGAAACCGAAUUGGGGCCUUCAUUGAGUCAACCAAUAAUACCUACGAUCCCACUGACGCUGUCACACAACCUACCGUGGUAUCCAACAUACGAGUCAAACCGCGAACGGGAAGUUUAGAGUCCACCGCAGAUGGCAUGCAAGAGGACAGAAAAAACUUAAAGCAAUGAGUUAUAUUAUGCCAAUGAACAAGCAGAACUAAGAUACUCAAGCGAUUCGAAUUUGGAUUGAACUCAUCCCGCGAUUAGGUUCAACUUGGCCCCUGCGUCACGAGCGGCGAGACGCUCGCUUUGAGAAGGUGUGAGCGCGCGAGAGGUCCGUCAGGGAUCUGCCUCCAAAAUAAGAGUGCUGGACUCCUUGGAAACCUCUCACACGCCUGACUUGUUCGCCGUCUUGAAUCUCGCAGGAUCUGCAGCUCGUGUCGCAGGGAUAAUGUGGGCGGACUUGCAAGGUUAUCGUGAUUAGAAGAAAUGGUUGUAUUCGCUCAAUUAGAGUACAUGCAAUUGUUUUUCGAGCACAGUAACUUUGGUAUGUGGUUGCGAAUCAAUUUGAACCGUAGUGUGUAUUGACAUUUAACAUGCCAGACCCUUCUGUAUCGUUGUCCACAUUAUGCCGGCAUAAUUUUGAGAAUUAAGCAUUAUGCUGGAAUAAUUGUGCAGAAAAA